CUGCAGACUGCUGCACAGCUGACCUCCAGCUUGACAGUGGUUGCUGCACGGUUUCUCUCUUCCCUCUGCUCUCUCCAGGCAGAACUGCAACCUCUGAACUUCUGGUGGUUCACGGUCCACAGGUGCCAUGGGGUGCAUGCCAGGGAGCAGCUCUCUGUGCCUCCUGGGGGCUCUGGCCUUGCUCCUGUGCCCCUCCAGCUUGCAAGGUUGCAGUCCCCUCCCUGAGAUUCCACAUGGGCACUACACAUACAUAAUCGGAUACCUGGCGCUCACUGCCGAGGUGCAGUAUGAGUGUGAGGAGGGAUAUGCUCUGGUUGGGGCAGCCGCACUCUCCUGCAUGUUUUUCGGAUGGUCGUCACCAGCUCCUCAGUGUCAAGCUUUGUGCCUAAAGCCAAAGAUACCAAAUGGAAAGCUGUCUGUGGAGAAGGAGCAGUAUAUCAGCCCUGAAACUACCACCAUCCAGUGUGACCCUGGCUAUCGGAUGCUUGGCUCCCCGAGGAUCUCCUGCUCAGACAACGGGUCUUGGAGCCCAGCCGUGCCCAGCUGUGAAAAGCAAGCUCCUGAAGAUCGGAACAUCGUCCAAGCUGGCAAAAACCUCUUACGGUGUCUCCCAAGUCCCAGGGACUCAAAGGUGGCCCUGGAGCUACAUAAACUUUCUCUGGAGAUUGAAAAACUGGAGCAAGAGAGAGACAAGGGGAAAAUCAUUUAAAUAUACUGCACUUCUUCUCCCAAGAAGGUGAAGCAAAGAUUUGCUUUUUUGUACAAUGAAGAAAAAUCCCCAGUUUAUCAGUUCCACUUGAGCAUAAUCAUUUAUUGUAAUAAACAACUUUGG